AUGGUCAUAAUGCCAAUUUUCUCCCCAUCCAUCGUGCUCGACAUGUCCUCUGGCGAUGGCAGCCCUCAGGGUUUCGUGAACCCAUCGUCCGAAGAGCGAUUCUAUCAGAUUAUCAAGCACUUUACUAGCAGCGACCCUGAUUCUACCAGUUAUAAUAGGCCAAAGCUAGUCGGAUUAGUAUACCAAUAUGCUACAUCGUUAAAGUCCAAGGAUAAUGUCCUACGCGCCUUCUUUCGCGCAAUAGAACUACCUAUGGAGGGGAGCGCUAUCGAUUUUUCUGAUGAGAAGUAUACCGAGAUUUUGCGUUCCCGUGUGGCAGGAUUCGCUGAGCACCUAGUCCAUCACUUCUUUAUGCCGCUACGGGCGUCGCCCCAACCAACGCCGCAUCACCGGUCUGCGACGUUGAGGUCGAGCAGCCGAGACUUUGUUGGAACGCCAGAACGGCUGUCGACUCUCCGUGGCGACUGUUUAAUUCGCGAUAGGCAUCGGUGCGUCAUAUCGCGAGCAUUCGAUAUGAGUAAGGCACGCGAACAACAAGCCCUACAAGGCCAGAUAUUUGAUGAUGAAGGCAACCCUAUUGAGGAUGGCAAUUUCGACUGGCUAGAGGUUGCUCAUAUUUUACCACACUCCUUAAGUGAAUCAAAAAAGACGGCUCUAGAGAUUCUCCAUAUGUUCGAUAGUGACGUUGUUCAUCUUAUCAAUGGUGUGGACGUUGACCGACCACAUAAUGCUAUAACACUUACUCUCAGCUUACACCGAGCCUUCGGGAAUUUCGAUCUAUACUUUACACCAAUUACCGACCGCCCGCAUACAUAUACGAUCAGAACAAUCCAGGGGAUUGGAUACAGAAUGCUACCUGUUACAAGGACGCUGUACCUCACGGCGGACCAUCGGAUCGACCCACCGUCGCCGCGCCUUCUUGCUCUGCACCGCGCUAUUGGACAUGUCCUGUAUCUUUCAGGGGCGGGGGAGUAUAUUGAUAAUAUUUUCCGCAAGUUUGAGGAUGGACUGAUACAACACGAUGGAUCGACGCCGUUGGGAGAACUUGUGCAGUUGAGAAUGAAUAAGUGA